AUGUACCUCCUAUCACUAAUUUACACCUUGAUCGGCGUGGCUAUCGCCCAAAAUGUAUUUACUACAGGAACAUGUGUGACUUCGCGAGGAUGCGGCGCCUUUCCUACUGCUUCGCGUACACCUCCCACUACGAUAACGAAUACCAUUCAGUUAACACUAACCCGCAUCGUAACCGUCUGUCCUACAGCGACAGUCUUUGUCUUCAAUAGCACCUCAACCACAACCGGAACUCAAACUGUCAACUCAACUGUGGUCUCUGCUCUGCGGGUCACCGAGACGUCUACUGUCACGACCAAUGUCACCUCCACCGACACGGAAGAAGCUACUACUACUGUCACGUCAACAAGUACCGUGACAUUGACAGCUACCAUUCGACGCACAUCUACUAUUCCUGCUACAGCAGGCUUCGUCCCCAUCGCCUCUGAACCAGGCUACGUCCCUCGACGCCGUAACAAACGUGGCGAUGACAAGUUGGUACCAACGGCUCAACCGGCCCUGGAAAAGAGAUGCUGGCCAGAUAUCCAAGCUGUUGUCUGCAACACUACUAUGUUCACUCUGACCGCCCAAACCGUUACCCGGGUUAGAUGUCGCACGCCGCUACCUACUAUAACUGUGACUCGGAACGUAACUGCGAACACUGCUACUGCGACUGUUACUACUACAGUUAUUAGUACGCGGACUGAGAGCCUAUCGAUUGGAAUACGACAUUCUUUGCGACCACAACUCUCGCUACUGCAACGACAUACGCUGCAUGUCAAGCGAAUAACCUCAUCAAUUCAGCGAACGGAGGACAUUUCAUCUGGCAAAUCAACUACGGUGGUUCAAGAAAUCAGAUCCAAGUGGGAAUUACAGCACGGAAUGCUUACGAAUGCUGUGUAG